AUGCUGCUGUUCAUCGAGGAGCGGAUGGGGAGGAAGUACGUGGAGGGCGAGAACAUCGACUUCUCGCAGAGCUACGAGGAGAGCGGGCCGUCCACGCCGAUCUUCUUCAUCCUCUCCCCCGGCGUCGACCCUCUCAAGGACGUCGAGCGGCUCGGGUACAGUCUGGGCUACACCUGCGAAAACCGGCGUCUGCACAACGUGUCGCUGGGUCAAGGGCAGGAGAAGGUGGCGGAAGAGGCCAUUCAGAUCGCGGCCAGGGAGGGCCAUUGGGUCAUCCUGCAGAACAUUCAUCUGGUGAGACAAUGGCUUCCAAGACUGGAGAAAAAGCUUGAAAUCCACGCGGACGGAGCUCACCAAGAGUACCGGGUCUUCAUGAGCGCUGAGCCCGCAAGCAAGCCCGAGAACCACAUCCUGCCGCAGGGCAUCCUGGAGUCGGCCAUCAAGAUUACCAACGAGCCGCCUCGGGGCAUGCAAGCCAACCUCCACAAGGCGCUCAACAAUUUCACGCAGGACACGCUCGAGAUGUGUUCCAAAGAGGCCGAAUUCAAGUCCCUCUUGUUCUCUCUGUGUUACUUCCACGCAUGCGUCGCAGAGAGGAGAAAGUUCGGGUCGCAGGGAUGGAAUAGACCCUAUCCCUUCAACACCGGCGACCUGACCAUCAGCGUGAACGUCCUGUUCAACUACUUGGAGGCGAACAGCAAGGUUCCUUGGGAGGACCUCCGCUACCUCUUUGGGGAGAUCAUGUACGGGGGCCACAUCACGGACGACUGGGACCGCAGGCUGUGUCGCACAUACCUCGAGGAGUUCCUGCACCCAGACCAGUUGGAUGGAGAACUGAACCUCGCACCAGGCUUCCCAGCGCCUCCCAACCUGGAUUACUCAGGCUACCACAGCUACAUAGACACGUGUCUCCCCCAAGAAUCGCCCCACCUGUACGGCCUCCACCCUAAUGCCGAGAUUGGAUUCCUCACCAUGACGUCGGAGCACCUCUUCAAGACGGUGUUCGAGCUCCAACCGCGAGACAUGGGGAACACAAGCGGUGUCGUCAUCACAAGGGAGGACAAGGUGAAGCAGACCUUGGAUGAGAUCCUGGAGAAACUGCCCGAGGAGUUCAACAUGUCCGACAUCACGGGCAAGGUGGAGGAGCGGACGCCCUACGUCGUGGUCGCCUUCCAGGAGUGCGAGCGGAUGAACCUCCUCAUCCGCAUUAUCCGGGUGUCUCUCAAGGAGCUCGACUUGGGCUUCAAGGGAGAGCUGAAGAUAACCUCAGCGAUGGAAGACCUGGGUGCAGCGCUGUUCCUCGACCAAGUGCCCGAGUCGUGGGCGGUGCGGGCGUAUGCCUCCACCCUCGGGCUCACGUCUUGGUAUGCAGACCUGUUGCUCAGGAUGAAGGAGCUGGAGACUUGGGUCGGCGACUUCCAGGUGCCGCCUUCAGUGUGGCUGGCCGGCUUCUUCAACCCGCAGAGCUUCCUGACGGCCAUCAUGCAGAGCACCGCCCGCAAGUGUGAGCUUCCCCUUGACCAGAUGUGCUUGCAAUGUGACGUCACAAAGAAGAAUAAGGAAGACUUUACUUCGCCGCCGCGGGAGGGAGCCUACGUCCACGGGCUGUUCCUCGAAGGUGCUUCUUGGGACAACGAUACUUCCAUCCUGAUUGAUUCCCGAUUGAAGGAACUCCACCCGCAAAUGCCAGUCAUAUUCAUUAGGGCCAUCACCGUGGACAAGGCUGAGAGCCGUAACCUGUACGAGUGCCCCCUGUACAAGACCCGGGAGCGAGGGCCUCAUUAUGUGUGGACCUUCAGCCUCAAGACGAAGGAGAAGCCGGCCAAGUGGAUCCUGGCGGGCGUGGCGCUCCUCUUGCAGGUGUAGAAGGUUCUUCGCCUCCUUCGGCUUCGGUCUUCGUUUCUGUUUUUGGUUCGGUAGUCCUUGGUUUAUUUUUAACGUUAUCGUUACUGGGGUCGUCGAGACCGUGUUUACGUCCGAAAUGAUUGUUUACGCUUGUCUUAUAUCAUUCGGGUAAACAUAGUAAAUUUUAUACGCUAAAAUGACGUUUAUUGUGUUUUAUUCUAAACAUCAGAGCUGCAAAAAGUAUCGGAACCCGGGAACUAGAUUCCCAGAAUAUGUUUUGGCUUGGCAGAAAAUGUUCAGCAAAACUUGAUACAAAACAACUGUUCUAUGCAAUUACAAAAUUUGUUUCUUGAUUUUUUUCACAACAGAACGAAAGUUCAUGCAAGUGUAAGUUUAAUGUCCUCAGGUUGUAGAAUGCCUCAAAGCUAAUAGCUAAUCACAAAGAUUUUUGUUUACUUUUUUGCAUAGUCCAUCUUUGACAAAAAUAAAAAAGAUCCAACAACAACCAAAUUACGAUAUUUUAUUGGAAACUUUCUCCAGACCCAAUAAAUUAGAAGCCCUUCAAAACAAAUUGCGUACUAUUGGUAGAACUAUUGUACACAAUAUUUUUAUCUAACAGAAAAAUUUUGUCCUGUUUCCCAGGUUCCCAGAAAGGAAAAUAUUUUUUGCAGCUCUGCUAAACAUAUAUCUUUUUAUCUACAUUAACUUUUCUGUGUUUUCGUCACUAUUAUCAUAAUCUUUUAUAUAUAAAUUCUGGCAAAGAAAGAACAUAAAUCCCUUUGCAUUUAUGAAGCACAAUGAGAUAAAUCCUAAAGUUGAUAUUCUAUCUAUGAGGUAGUUACAGUAAAAAUAGACCCUUGUGUGAUCACUUCUAGAUUUGUUUCUAAUAGAACAAAGCAAGUAUUAUUAAGAGGUACAUAUUCUCAUACCAAAAUGCAUGCGUAUUUUUUUUACCGAAGAAAAAGAAACAGAAGAGGAAUAUCCCCACAAUUUUAUUCUGAUUGUAGUUGAGCUGUGAUAUGUAAUAUGUAAUAAAGUAUGAUAUAGACC